AUGGCUAUUCUCAGCACAUUUGCACUAUUCGUGGCUCUUUUAUCGUUUUUGGAUCCCAUUGAUGCUCACAAGACCAUACUGGAGAGGCCCAAACUUCAUUGGGGACCCAAGACACCAGGGCACCAGUUUCCUCACUCUCCGAAGCGCCACAAGACCUGCUAUGUCCCUAACUGUCUUAGUUCUGGUCACCAUGGCAAGAACGACGAUACCCCGGAGAUUCUCAAAGCCUUCAAGAACUGCAAUAAGGGUGGUACUGUGAUAUUGAAUGAGGAGUAUACUAUUGCCUCUCCGCUUGAUCUUACGUUCUUAGAGGCUGUGGAUGUGGCCAUUACUGGCACUAUCAAAUUUACCAAUGACAUUGAUUAUUGGGUGAAGAACUCAUUCAAGUAUGACUUCCAAAAUUCGUCUGCUUUUUGGCGCUUUGGGGGGAAGGAUGUCAAUAUCUACGGCCGGGGACAGGGCUUAAUCGAUGGAAAUGGUCAAGCUUGGUAUGAUGCAUUUGCAGCUGAGCCUACUCUAUUACGGCCUAUCCUGCUCGUUCUAGAUGGACUUGAGCACGGGUCCUGGUUUAAUCUCAUCGCUAAUAGCACUGAUAUAUUGGUCAGUGAUAUCGACAUCGCAGUCAAGAGUGAGAGUAAAAAUCCCGCCAAGAAUGGCGAUGGAUGGGACACAUUUAGAAGCGACUCUGUUGUUAUCCAGGAUUCACACGUUAAUAACAGCGAUGACUGCGUGUCUUUCAAGCCCAAUAGCACAAACAUCAUUGUGCAGGGUAUGCAAUGCAACGGCUCACAUGGAAUAUCAGUCGGCUCCCUAGGCCAAUAUCCGGCGGAGUACGAUAUAGUGGAGAACAUUUAUGUUUACAACGUCUCGAUGUCCAAUGCGAGCGAUGGUGCCCGCAUCAAAGUUUGGCCUGGUACGAACACACCAUUCGAGCCGGGUCUAUCAGGGGGCGGGGGAGCUGGAUACGUGAAGAACGUCACUUAUGACACGUUUUACAAUAGCAACAACGAUUGGGCUAUUGAAAUCAAUCAGUGUUAUGGACAAAGCAACCAAACUAUCUGCGACAAGUAUCCCUCCAACAUAACUAUUAGCGAUGUCAUAUUUAAGAACAUGUGGGGAACGACAUCGACUAAAUAUGACCCCAAGGUUGGGACUCUAACAUGUUCCUCUACUGAGAAAUGCUUGAACAUUUCUGCCUAUAACAUAUCGGUAAUUGAUCCAAGCGGCAAGACUCCUCAAUGGAUCUGCACCAAUAUGGAUGAGAGCCUCUUGGAUAUAAACUGCGUAUCAGCGAAUUCUUGA